AUGGUCCAUAUCUUGGGUAUUAGCGCAUUCAGCCAAGGUCCCCUCCAACACUGGUGGCAGUGGGCUCUUGUCGCAAUUGUCGCAUCAAGCGCCCUCUUAGGGAUACUUUCUUCUCUCUGGGUUGUGACUCAGGCCACUCGCGCUUAUUUCAAGAAGAAAGCAAAAGCUUACUCAAUACCUCGUGGCACCUCUCAUCGUUUACGAAAAAUCACUGCAAGCACUGUGCACAACUGUUCCCUGCGGCCCUUGCCUUCAAAACCAUCUAAUUUCGGUGUAUACCUCGGUAGCCUCUCGAUACCCCCAACAGAAGAUCAACUUACGCUGCUAUCGCGAUGGGAUGCCAUUAUACUCGAUACCUCGCAACCAGGGGUGAUAGAGGCCCUGGACUGUGUCAGCAAACAGCUACCCCAACACGUCAUAGACAGGCUACAUCUCGAGGAAUAUCUUGACGCGAAAGUUGACCACAAUAAUGAAGUCAUAUCGAAAAAGCUCAGUGAAGUCUUCAAUACCAUACAGAGUUGUGGAAAGCUUACUGGUAUUCUCAUUGCAGGGUGGAGAACAAUGGACAACGCGGUGGACCUCGUGGCCAAACUGAUCAGCUCGUAUGGUCUCGAGGUUUAUUUGGAGGUUGGUCCCCCUGACUUCUUAGAAGGUAGAAGCCCAAACUUGAGCCUCUUUUCAGGACUAGUGGUGAAAAACGCUACUAUCCUGCUAAAUGGGGAACGGCGUGACUAUUUCGAGAUGUCAAAGAUGAGAAGCACCACAAAGGCAUUCGUUUCCGAGUCGUGCCGCAGGCCCUUCCUUGUAAUGAUGUGGGAGACCAUUGACGAUGAUGCACGGCUUUCCCACGCAGUUCUGAGAAGGAGUUAUAUGUGGUGCGGGUAUCACGGGGCCUUGCCGUGGAUCGGCCGUACUGCAUCCAUUACAGAUGCGUCACGCUACGACUCUUUCAUGGAGCCUCUAGCUGCAUUCCAAUGGCUCAAAGACCGUAAAGUAAUGGCCAUCCAUGAGGUGUUUCGCACAAACCAAAAUCUCAAACCCACCAUUAACCUCCGUCUCGAGGCUGAUCAAUCCUUCUUGUCUCUGUUUCCAAGCAUGCAAGAUAUUUUUGAUAUAGCGCUCGAUGAUACAGCCUCCGAUAGAGCCUCCAAUUUAGACGGUCGACUCAGCUCCUCCACCGUCACUCUGCAAGAUCGUGGGACAGAAGACCAUGGAGACCACAAUCUAGAGAAUCUAGAUUUCGAAAUGCCUGAAUGGGCAGCAUCCAUGCCCAGAUGCGCAGUCAAUCCACUCUCCUGCUCCACAUCAGGUACACUCUACGAAUGUUUUGGAUGCUUUCCAAUCGGACUUGAUGUCAAUCUAAAAGACCUCGAGGCCAUUCUAGAGUCGCAGAGAAGAUUACGGAGACUCAACCUCCUCGCCAGACCUUCAAAAACUCAACUCGAUGACGCUGUGGCAUCUUAUGCGAGGCUCGCGGAAUGUGACGGUAUGACCGUCGACAUACCUGCACACAUAAGGCAUAGUAUCCGCGACCUUGUAGAGCGGCUAAGCAAACCGUCCGAAGAAGCCCACAAAAACCAGAUUGAAGUAUACAUUGGACUUGAUUCUGGUUUUCGAACGCCCGCCGGCGCUCAAUUCUGGGCGAUCCAUGACGCUAACCCUUCCUCUGGUUCGUCUCUGAUCUACGUUUCAAAAUCAGUACAAGACUUGACUGGAGUCCUUCUUCACACCUAUUUAAGCAGCUGUAAAUUCUCGCGCUACCAAUGCUGUGUUGCAGAAUUCGCGCUACACAAUCUCGAGUAUACGCCGGGCGAUCGAUUACCAAUGCCCAUCCGCUUCCACAACGAUCUGGAAAUCUUAUCUCCAUCGGAUUUGCUACUCUUCUUACAACACAUGAGGUUCUCAGACUCGGAUCGAGACUCCGCGCUGCUGGCGGUGAUCCGUGCGAGUUGCCAAAACCUUUUAAUCAACCAGCCUUCACUCGCGCAACUAAAGCGUAAAUGUAACACGGAUUACCUCAGUGGCGCUUGCACUGAUGAAGACAUAGUUACGGCAAGGCUGGACUGGUACCGCCAGUUGGACUUUGACACUAUCAGCAAGGAAAGCGGCAUUGAGAUAUUCCGUCAAGUUCAUCAUAGAUUCGUAGACCUGCUGAACAACCGAGACUACGAUAGUCUUGAUCGAAUUAAUUCCGAAUUGUCCAAGCUGGUCGAAGGAGGCUCGAUAGAUUGGCGCACAGAUUUCGUUCUUUUUUGCGUGCUUUCCGCAGCGAAAAGGUUGGCCUUCGAAGAGGUAUACAUAGAGGUUCAGGACAGAAACCCUCUCUUCAAUCAGUUCUCCGACCAAAGCGCUGCUUUUGCUGAGCUGUUUGCCCUCGGAUCUCGAUGCGAAGCUUACUUCGAUGUCACCCCGAGCGAUUUUGGCGUGCUGCUUUCCGAAAAGCAUCGGAGAUAUUACAGUCAAGCUGAACACCAACCUCCAAAGUGGAUAGGAAACGCUCCGUCGUUCGCUUCUGCAUAUGCCGCAGCUCAGACAGACAUCGACCCGAAUACGGUAGUUUCUACUAUGCCUGGAUACCGCCGGUUUACUUUCCUAAGCGUCUUUGCGAUCCCAGCUCUCAUCGAUAUAUUGCUUCUUACUACUACCGGUCGUGGUCUUUAUCUUUCGGCUUUCAUGCCUCUAGAGGAUCAAAGAUAUGCAACGCUAGCUUUAAUGGUGUCUUUAUUGCUAAGUGGCGCUAUCGGGACCUGGAUAUCUAUCGGUGGGACAUAUUAUCUCAUAUCGAUGGCAUUCUCAGCAGCUAGCAUGUUCAUGCUCACACGCCUUCUCGGAGGGCUAGCUUUCACAGUUGUGGGAGGGUUUGUCGGCUUCAUAGUCAUCUCGGCAGUCCAUAAUGCGCGUGCAGGAGCGAUAUUCUUCUUCUAUCUAUUAGGCCUCACGUCCUACCUCUCGGUCUUAGCAGUCCUAUCCACCCACCAGAUUCCGGCUUCUUCCUUCUUGAAUGGCCGACGCAUGAUUUUAUACUUCAUACCAACACUUGCAAUCUCUCCGAUAAUCACGCUAUGGGUGCGAGGAUACGACUCGAUAAUAUACCUUGCAGUCCUCUAUUUGUUUCUCAUGUUUCUCAUGCUUGGCACCCGUCAUGUUUGUUCUGAAUGGGCGACAUGGUACCAUUCUGUCAAGACACUUGACGAUAGCGCGGUAAAGGCUUGGUACACAGGUAAAUUAGGCACACCAAACGCCCAGUCUCAGGAGACGCCUGUCAAUAGUAAAGCAUGCCAGAGAUCUAGCACAAAUUUCUCGGCUCGACUCACAACAGAGAAAAGAACAAGGAAUAGAAUCGAACAGCCGGCUUUACAAUCCUCACAAAUUCCGACGACUAGGCUAAAGACAUUUGAUUCUCUUACAGAACCUGCCAUCUUAGCACUGUGUCGUAGCGAGUUAUUCAAAGCAGUCAUGGAUGAAAAACAUCGCCGCUUCUGGCAGAAAGCAACAACGGACCCUCUGGUCAAGGAGCUGGCUUUAUGCUGGGAUUCCACCGUCUUCCUUUUAGAAUGGUAUUGUCGAACGUCUGAGGUCAAGCGUCCAAUACCGUACAGCUCAACCUGGAACCUGAUGUCGCAGGUAGCCCUUGACAAUAUGCAGCAGACUCAGAAAGGCAUCCGCCUUCACAACUCAUUCAUCCACUGGCGUAAUAUUGGGGAUGAAGUAGGCUGUUCAAUAUUGUACUUCAUUGUUGCCUUGCUAGAUCGGUGGAUUAUCCUGAUCGAAGGCGCCCAGCUUGUUGGGCUUUCUGCGGCCUUGGACAAGACUUUCCGUUUAGCAGUGGGGUUUGCGUUGGCCUACUAUCUCCUAGGCGCCGUCAUUUUGGAUUACAAGGCACAGCAUCUUCAUCAAGCGUCCGAGCAACAUACCCCCGAUUCUAUCACAGAGAAAUCUCAGAUCCAAAAGGCAGUCCUACACGACCAGCACAUUCGUCGGCGUCUCUAUGUCAGUACUCUUGGCCGAUUCCUUGGCGUUCACGUAUGGGCAUUAUCGCUUAGUACAGCUUUCAUUUGGAUCUUCAACGGAUCGGAAGCAGCUAUGAUCAUGUUCUUAUCUUACGUGGCGGCAUACAGUGGAUUGCUCCUCUACCAGUAUAAUAAGAUCUUUUCUGGGCCUCACGCACUUCUCCCGCUCUCUGCGGCGGUUCUGACAGGGUUCCCAGUUGGUUUUAUCUUGAAAGGAGUAUACCCUGCAUUUGAAUACAGCGGCGUCAUUGCUCUCGGUACAGCGACAUGGACAGCAGCGCUUCUUUCUCUUCGAACGGCCAAAUUAGGUCGCCCUGAGGUGCUCCGACACGUAGUUCGCGGCUGUAAGAGGCUGUUUUUAACGAAGAGCUUUCAAGACUCUCUCCUUAUUUCCAAGCCCCCGAACACCAAAUCGCCUCAGUGCUUUCGCGCCUAUUGCGAUGGUGGAGUCAAUGCCGAGUGGAACCAAGACGAACUCGAAGCGCUGUAUUCAACAUUACGGUUCGAUUUCAAGGAAGCGAGAUUCAAAGUCCUUCCUUUCGACUACCCAGGCAUCGAAAUCAAAUCCCUCUUACUUUCGUGCAAUUAUCACUCAUUAUCAAAACUAGCUCUGAGAGCCUUCCCCACUGCACCAUACAUGAUGCAAAAUAUCAUAUCGACGUGGGAGCGGGGCUUCAUCGAUGUCUACAUUGUCUCAACGGAGGCGCCAACUCACUCUAACGCUGGUCUUAGAGCAAUCAGUUUUCAGAAUGGCAGCCAUAUCACUCUACUAGUCGCAUCGGAGCGUAGCGGAAGAAAUUGCCUACAGCCAAAAAUCAGCAGCAACUGUCAGGUUAUUGCAGAAACACUAAUACACGCCUGUGCUGAAUCAUUGUUUGGAUUGCAGCCCCUUGAAGCUGGUAUCUUGGAAUCACUCCUAGCUUGUAAGGCCGUUCAUGCCAAAUCAGAGAUUGAUCUCUCAGAGAACUCAAAACGGGCUUUCUCUUCGGAUAUCCCGGAUAAGAAUUCGGACGGAUUAGUCGCAUCUAUACGACAAACCUUGCUUGCCACUCUAUGCCUCGGCAUUGAUUGUGAUACGCAAUGGGAGAGACUACCUUCCCACAUCCGGAGAUCGCUGAUCCAGAGAUGCAUUGGAGUGUCACAUCAGUUUUCUUCGUCAGAUCUUGAGUGGAUCAAAUCAAACGUCGGUGCGGACAGCGGCUGUGAUGUUAUGACGAGCGUCUCGCGAUACGAUCUUGGUGCAUUCCUUCAGGUCCAAAAGAUGAAUCAUCUUCGGGAUCGUGUUUCUUUGGGACUAUACGAAGUGGAAAAUUGCCAGACAUCAACCAAUAUUCAUGCUCCACGACUUUCAGUACGUAGUAGUCGGCCCAUACCCUUGAUCAGAAAACUGGCUACGCGCAUGAAAGCGCCUUUCGUAUCGGUAUAUCAUAGCCUGGGCAUUUGGAUCAAAUUCUUUGCUCUCGCAGGAAUGGGCGACCCCGAAUACCAAAGAGAGUUGAUCUACACUUUGAAGACUGCGCCGAGGCCAAGUCGAAGAAUCGCACGAUUCUUCCUGACUGGAAUUUGGAUUUACAAUCGAGCGGCACAAGCUUUAGUCCUACCUCUCUUCUUGUACUACGGACGACCCGACUUGAAGAAAAUGUCUAAUACCAUCAAAGGAAACAUCAUUACGCAGGGAAAGAGUUGCUUGAUCGUGGAAAACUACGAGCGAACUGAAACAAUCUUCAUUCAUUCCAGUGGAAUCGAAGGUUAUAAGCUCUAUGUCUAUCCGGGAGCACACAAAGAAGAGCCUAAAACUGGCCAUACCAUGGUCAGCACUUUUGGGCAUGAUAUGAAGCUGUACUCUCGAAAGGAAUAUACGAAAGGAGAUGUUACGAAUGAGUUCGUAUAUGAUUACAAUCUCAGAUUUGUGCGUCGUCAUAGCAAGAUCUUGAAAUGGGACAAUCCUAGAAUUCCUCUAGCCAAAACAUGCAUCGGCGGAAAAGAUGAAGGAGCCGUCUUCCGAUACAACUACAAAGGCCAUGUUGAUUCGGGCAGUUAUCUGCUGCACGGGAAUCUUGUUCGGUUCCAGUAUCACUACCGGAAGAACGCUAAAUACGACGACGAGCUUUUGCGGGCCGAGUUCAUUCUUCCUCAUCUCUCUUGUAACGUGAGCUGGUGUGCUCCUCCUGCCCGUCAUGCAGACAAACCGGAGCGUUGGAUACCCACCCCGAGGGUCUAUGAAGCGACUUUUGUCCAAGGAGCUGACGUAUACGAAUGUUCCUGGCUCUACGACCACAAAUUCCAUCCAACCAUUGCCACUAAACUGAACGGAGAAUUCAUCGAUACCCCCGAGAUGAUACGCCAUGAUUGGCUUGGUGUGCUUAAAAAACCCAAUCAUUGUGCCUUCGCGGAUGAGAAUCCACUUAUUGGUUUCCGGAAACCCACGUCUACUUUUAUUAGUCGGUUAUUUCGUACCAAUAGCAAGACUCAACCAGUCUCAACUGCUCGUGCAAGAUCGCAGUUAUGGAAAGCUUGGAAAAAGCGUGUUGAUCUCGACGGAGUUACGACUAGAUGGGUCGACGAGCAGCUGUUAAGAAGAGAGCCGCUGCUGCGCCCAUAUUGGCGACGUAGAGACCGGGGGAGUCUUACCAAAGCGGAAGACUAUCUCGCUCUACAUGCAGAUGCUAUAAUGGCAACUUCAGAUGUUUCGAGCGAUAUCAGCGCGUGGACUCCUUUAGCCGUUCGCAUGAGUGAUCUUUUCAGUUUUGGUCAAGGUGGAGAUGCCGUCAUCUACACGAGGACCAAAACUUUGCAGAGAGACACGGACGAUUCGCUUCAUGUCAUUGCUGUCGAUACGGGAACAUGGCCUAAUGAAGGCGGAGGAGUCUCGGCUUGUCGCAGAGACCUUAUCAACAAUCUCCGUACAAUCAAGUGGCAUAUGGUGGUCGAGUCCGCGAACGACUUUGGGAUACCGAAGCAUCAAACCGAGGAGAAUGUUGAAUCUCUCAAGAUCAUCCCGUUGUGGGGUCUUGACUUCAUGCAUCCCUGCCAUGGCAUGUUCUCAAACAAGCUUGACAGCGAGGUAGAUCACAUCUUCUACGAUGCCACGCUUGAGGAUAUCCGCAUAAACUUCCUUCCGACGCUGACAGCGCUUGUGCAAGGCGCCCGCGCGGUCAACAUGACCCAGGCACAUGUCAAGCAAGCUACUAGAGCACUGAUCAAUCUCAAUAACUAUUUUCAAGAUUCUCGGCACUGGAAAGAGGUAUGGACCACCGACCUCGUGAAGAAUAAAUGGAGAGAACUGUGGUUAGCAGACGACAUGCCAAAUACUCAGCCGCCUUCGCAAUGGUUCGAAACCGAGCUGCCAACGCUCAGCCAUCUGGACACUGCUCUAGAGCUUUGGUUCCGAUACCUCUUCAUAUUCUCGAUUCCUGUCCCAGAGAAGAUACCUGCAGUCUUUCAAGCAUCUCACCAUAGCGUCUCGGCGUCUUAUGGUAUUGUGUGCAAGAUCAAACGAGGCUGCACGCUCCAGAUCUGGGAUCAUGCGAUAUCUUGGAGGGAAACCAAUCUGUAUUUGUCCUCGACAAUGUGCACGCUACCGCCCUUCAUUCGUAAUUCUCUGCUGGGGUUAAUGCGGUUAACAUCAACUCUCAUUUUAUACCAUGCAGAUCAGAUUCUUCCAUGUGCUGACUUCUUCAACCCUGGCUGGGAAGUGGAGAUCGGCACAUCUCAAGGAGCUCUUGCGCACCGUAAUGUAUUUAGAAGAAAGGUCGAUCCGAUCGUCAACGGCAUUACCGAUAUGCAAAAAUUCGCGCCAAUCUCCGAGAUCAAGACAAAACAGCCAACUGUGACCAUGCUGUCCCAUGUAUGGUUUGCGAAAGACAUCAAGACGGCACUACUAGCAGCUGAUAUCAUUUCAAAUGAGUGGGGAUUCAAAGACUACAAACUCGACAUCUAUGGCGCCUUGAACAAAGCUCCUGUGUAUUCAUCCGAGUGCCAGGAGAUUCUCGCUUGCAAAGGCUUGGGUGGUAGUGUCACGUUACGAGGUACCGCAGAUCCAACAAUGGUACUGGAGAACACGUGGCUGUUCCUGAACUCUUCCGUAUCUGAAGGCUUGCCUCUCGCUCUAGGCGAAGCAGCCUUGACAGGCGCCCCCGUUGUCUGCACAGAUGUCGGCGCGUCCCUCCGUGUACUCACAGAUCCAGACACCGGCGCAAGGUACAGUGAAGUUGUGGCGCCGAACGACGCGUACGGCCUUGCCCGCGCACAGAUCAAUCUUCUCGCCAUGCUAGACGAUUGGGCCCAGUACGCAGACGACGACCCCGAGCAUCCAGCUCCAAUCUUGCCUCAUAAGCCAACGCCAGAGGAUGUCAAGGUCAUCACGAGGCGAAUGUACGAAAAGAGCGGACAGAGACGGAAAUUAGGCAUGAUGGCGAGAGAAAUCGUCCAGAAGAGCUUCAGCGGGGAGAGAUACUUGCGCGAGCACGAGCAGAUGCUCUGGGUCGGGAAAAGUGUGUACGAGAUGAGGAAGCAAAGGCUCAAACCUGUCCGCCAAUCUCAAAGCUACCCUUCUUCUGGCUUCACACAAGAACGCGCUGGCAGUGGUGCGCAAACCCCAGACCUGCAGCUCGAGAAGAUGCAGCACCCCCUCCACCCGCCGACUUUCCGCCACCUUUCGACUGCGACGUCGUUCUCGAGCGUGUAUAUCGACGACCCUGGCCCUUCGACUAGGAACGAUGACUGGGGUAUGCGGACCUUGGGUCGUUCGGGUGAGAAACUCGAUCUCGAGACUGGGAUUCAGGUGGAAAAGCCGGCACUGGUGAGGCUUAGCGGGGGGCCCGUGUCGUAUGAGAACGAGAAGGGGAAGAUGAAUAUGAAUAUGAGGAUGUUCGAAUCAGAAGAGCGGGUUGGGUCCGGGAAGAGACCGAGGUUUGGAGGCGAGCAAGAGAGGGUGGCGAGUGCGAGGAGCAGUGCUAGGAUGAGGAGUGGACUUUGUGAGGUCCAGAAUGCGGACGAGGGAACUUGAGUUGUACGUAUGAGGCUUCCCUAAGCGGCGAUGUUUUAGGGGCGUAAUGGUAUAUGUCUGCAUAUUAGAAACGGCGCGCUGCAUGUGGCUGGUUUGGAUGCAGGUUUGUCUGAAGUGCUACAAUGAGCUUCCACAAAUUUGAAGAGAUAGAAUCGAACAGUUGGUAAGCUACAGUGCCUUGCCAUAGAUAGUUCUAUCCGUACACUUUCCUGCCACUGUCUGUGGGG